AUGGAGCUGGAGGAUCCAAGCAAGGCGAUUAUUUCCGCCGAUCGGGGGGCUGCGGUCCGGGGUGAGGAGCUCUGUCCGUCCGCUGUGCCGGAGCUGCUGAGAGCUCUAUGGGAGGAACCCGAGAAACAGAAGAGGAGUUUCGGGGGCCGGGUGAAGUCUCACCGACAACAUCGCUUCAGGAUCUGUCCUCUGGGGAGGGAGAGCUAUGCUCUAAAGAAGUUAAGAGAAGCAGCAAAUGGGAAUGACAUAGAUACAGUCCGGCAUUUGCUAGAUGAGGGAGCAGAUCCAUGUGCGGCUGAUGACAAAGGCCGCACAGCGCUACACUUUGCUUCUUGCAAUGGAAAUGACCAAAUUGUGCAUAUGCUUCUGGACCAUGGUGCUGAUCCAAACCAGAGAGAUGGGCUAGGGAAUACUCCUUUACAUUUAGCUGCAUGUACAAGCCAUGUUCCGGUGAUUACAACCCUUUUACGUGGAGGUGCCAGAGUGGAUGCCUUGGAUCGUGCAGGCCGAACCCCACUUCACUUAGCCAAGUCAAAGCUGAACAUCCUGCAGGAUGGAAAAUCACAGACCUUGGAAUCUUUGCGACUAGAGGUUAAACAGAUCAUCCAAAUGUUGCGAGAGUAUCUAGAGAAGCUGGGCCAGCAGGAGCAAACCGAACAGUUGGAUCAGAUUUGUUACAGGCUGCAGAGGACAAGCACUAAGGAACAGGUGGAUGAGGUGACAGAGCUUCUGGCCAGCUUCACUUCUCUUAGCCUCCAAAUACAGAACAUGGAAAACAGGUAG